AUGAAUCAUGCUGCUAAAGCGAUGCAAUUUCCUUAUCACAAUACUAUAAGUGUAGAUAACGUUGUCGUGGAAGAUGAGGUCGAGGGGCAUGAGGCUGCAGCCAACAAUCCUCCACCACUAGUUCCACCAGCAGCUCCUCAAUUCCCAAACAACAACAAUGGAAACAAUGGGAAUAACAACAAUGUCGGUGCACCAAUCAUCCAACCAAACCAAAAUCCUAGAAAUGUUGGUCCUCAAUUCGGUAAUGGUGGUAAUGAUGGUAACGAGGAUGACUUGGACUUUGAGGAUGGAAGUGACAAUGGACUUGGUUGGAAUCAGAACCACAAUGGUGGUAACAGGCGGAAUCAAGGCAAUCGGGGUGGAAACGAGAACUACAACAAUAACUGGAACAACCCGAAUUUCCCCAAUGGUGGCAACAAUGACUACAAUGAUGGGUUCGGAAAUCAAGGCUUUGCAAAUCAAUACCGAAGGAAUCCAAAUUGUGGAUUCAACAAUGCAAAUGGAGGAUAUUACAACGAAGACUUUUACCCUGCUAGUAAAACAACGGAAAUAAGAAAAGCGAUACAAGAUUUUGCACAAAAACCCAAUGAAGAAUUUCAUGAUGCAUUUGAACGCCUUAAGGAAUUGUUGCGCUCAUGUCCCCAUCAUGAAUUUCCCCAUUGGCAACUUGUACGUUUCUUUUAUGAUGGAGUCGGCACUUUUAAUCAAACUAUGAUUAAUGCCUCGUAUGGCGGCACUAUCAUGAUGCAAGAUAGUGAAGACGCUUGGCGAUUCUUGGAGCAGUUGAGUCAUGGUUCGAAAAACAAUUACUCAGCUAAGAAACGGGACAACCUGGUUUCAUCUAUUGUUUUAGUUGGACUAGACAAAAACUGGAAAAGUGAAGUCAAAUAUGAUAUUAAUUCUUUAAAUAAAAAAUUUGACUUACUACUCUCUAGCCUAGGCAAAGAGAAAGGUGUGUUUUUUUCGCAGGGACGGAAGAUAUGUGUAAGUUGUGGAGAUUCAGGACACAUUGCAGAUGAGUGCAUGAGAAUUCAAGAGCAAAUCAAUGAAGUGCACGCCUAUGGUCAAUUCCAAAAUAAUCCACGAUCAUUCAAUCGGAACUACAACCAAGGUGCAAACUACAACAACAAUGGGAAUUUCAACAACAACAAUCGUCAAGGGAAUUACCAAAACCAAAAUCAGCCAAAACAGUUCCAGUAG